AUGUUCGCGGAGAUAAACCGGCGGACGCUCGCGUUCCGCGGCGGCGGCCUCGUCACCUCCGCGGCGGCCGCCUCGGCGGCGGGGGCCGAGGCCUGGGAGCGGCAGGACCCCGAGGCGCUGAACGGGCGCGGGGCGGACGAGGAGGCGGAGCUGGAGGGGCUGGAGGCCGAGGAGCUGGAGGCCACCGCCGCCGAGGAGAAGGAGCUGCUGCUGCCCCAGGACGCGGCGUCGCCCCCCGCCGCCGCCGGCCCCAUGUUCGCCGAGAGGAACCGCCGGACUCUGGCCUUCCGCGGCGGCGGGGGGCUUCUGGCCGCCCACCCCGCCGCCAACAAUGGCUGCGAGGCCGCGGCCUGGCCGCGGAAGCACUUCAAUGGGCGGGGGGCGGACGAGGAGAUGGAGCUGGAGGGCGCGGAGGGACUGGAGACCGAGGGGCUGCUGGAGGGCAAGGAGCUGGUCCAGGACGGGGGUUCGCUGAGUGACAGCAGCGACGACGAGGAGGACGGCGAAGGGGGCAGCCUGGGCGACGGCAGCGGCGCCGAGGGCGGCAGCUGCAGCAGCAGCCGGCGGUCGGGGGGCGACGGCGGGGACGAAGCGGAGGGCAGCGGCGAGGGGGAGAGCAUCCGGCACUUCCCGCUGGCCAGGCCCAAGUCCCUGCUGCAGAAGCUACACAUCUCCUUCCAGGGCUCCUGGCUCAAGGAGUUCCCGUGGCUCUACUACUGCCAGGAGACCGGCCUCAUGUCGUGCGCCUGGUGCACCGCGGCCGUGGCCGCUGCUGCGCCCCCCGAGGUGAUCAUGUCCGGCGCGCCCCUGCCCGGGGGGCACGACGAGCUCUGCAAGGGCACCCGCAACUACAAGCGCACCCUGCUCCUGCGGCACCACCUCUCCGCCGAGCAUCGCCUCAACGAGCCCGGCAGCGCCGAGCAGGAGGCAGAGUUACCAUCAGAACUGAAUAAUGAAGGAUACUGUGAUUUUAACAGCAGGCCAAAUGAGAACUCUUACUGCUAUCAGCUCCUGCAAGAGCUCAACGAGCAGAGGAAGAAAGGCAUUCUUUGUGAUGUUAAUAUUGUGGUGAGUGGGAGGGUCUUCAGAGCUCACAAGAACAUCCUGGUUGCAGGCAGCCGCUUCUUUAAGACUCUGUAUUGCUUUACAAACAAAGAAAACCGUAACCAAACCACUGUUACCUAUUUGGACGUUGUUGCUGUUCAAGGUUUUUCUGUCAUCUUGGACUUCUUGUAUUCUGGUAACCUCGUGCUCACGAGCCAAAACGCCAUUGAAGUGAUGUCGGUGGCCAGCUACCUUCAGAUGACGGAGGUUGUCCAGUCCUGCCGCAACUUCAUUAAAGAUGCCUUAAACAUAAGUAUAAAAUCAGAAGCUCCAGAGACUGUUGUAGUGGAUUACAACAGAAGAUCUGUUAGUAGGGAUGGUUUAUCUCCAAGGGAUCAAAAAGUUGCCAGCUUCUGGGCAACACGAAACCUCACCAACUUGGCAAGUAGCAUAAAAACUGAGAACGAUCCCUACCCUAUUGAUGAGGGCCAAAUGGAAAGCUACCAAAUGAAUGACUGCAGUUGGGUCCAGGACAGCUCACCUGAAAUGGCUGAAAAUGAAUCUCAAGGUGAGGGAAAAGUUUUCGUGUGGAAUGACAUGGGUGCACAGGGACAAUCAGUUCAAGAACCUGGAAAAGCAAGAAGGAAAAACCAAACUGCAAAGAGAUUUAUUUAUAAUGUACCACCUAAUACUGAAGAGAACUCUGAAGAUUGCUCAGUGUUGCAACCGUCAGUCCCAUAUCCAGAAGAAGAUUUGUCAUUUAUUAAAGAAGAAGCAGCUACUUCAAGUGACUUCAAGUAUGGACUGUUGCCGGGUACUUCAAAUGACUUCAAGUACGGAUUGCUGCCGGGUACUUCAAGUGACUUCAAGUAUGGGCUGCUACCGGGUACUUCAAGUGAUUUCAAGUAUGGAUUGCUGCCAGAAUCUUGGCCAAAAGAAGCUUGGGAAAAUGGUGAUUCCUCUGCUUUAAUCAUGAACAAGUUGAAGUGUCCACACUGUAAUUAUGUAGCCAAAUACAGAAGAACACUAAAGAGACACUUGCUCAUUCACACAGGAGUGAGGUCGUUCAGUUGUGACAUCUGUGGGAAGCUGUUUACACGAAGAGAGCAUGUAAAGAGACAUUCCUUGGUGCAUAAAAAGGAUAAAAAGUACAAGUGUAUGGUGUGCAAGAAGAUUUUCAUGCUUGCAGCCAGCGUUGGAAUAAGACACGGCUCACGGCGUUACGGAGUUUGUGUAGACUGUGCAGAUAAAUCUCAGCCUGGAGGGCAGGAGGGAGCAGACCAGGCGCAGGACACAGAUUUCCCUAGGGAUGAAGAAUACGAAGAGAAUGAAGUGGGAGAAGGCGAUGAGGAGCUGGGUGAUGAUGUAGAAGAACAGAACGAGCAGUCUCGGUGGGAUGAAGGCGGGGAAGUCUGUAUGCCUUUAGAUGACUGACCGAGCACGAGCCUUCAGGGUGCUGCAGGUGGACACUGUACGGAUUGACUGCUUGAAUUCUGGGACUGAAGGCUUGCGAAAUAUGGUACAGGCUGGAUGGUAGUUAUGUUGCUGUGAAAAUGUAGGGUCAAAGCCUUAUAGCAAAAAAAGGAUUAUUAAUUUUUUUAUGAUAUUUGCACAGGACUGUACAGCAUACAACCAUUUGGUUGAAUUAUACAGAGUCCUCACAUCUACAGUCAGUUAUCAAAAGAAAAAUGUAUUUUUUAUUAUUUAUAGGCUAUAGCUACUUGGGUCCUAUUCAGACAUAGUAGUAACUGUAAUUAUGUUGCACAUUCAUGUACCUGUUAACAUGAAUGAAGAAAAUUGCAAUUUGGUAUGGAAAUACAAAGACAGCUUUCCCAAAUCCACUCGUACUUUUGUCAGCGAGUCAGUGAAGCUAAUUCGGGCUGGUGGCUCGUUUUCCACAAGCAUGUCUUUGCCAUACAAACCUUACCUCUCCUGUAAUCUGAUAGGUGAAAGCCAAUCAUUUAAAUAUGUGUCACAGAUAUUGCCAACACCGUAUUGAAAUUUGGGUUGAAAACUUUUGGCUCUAUGCUGGCAGGUGCUAUGGGUGAUAAGCACUGGAGAAGUUUUUAAUGGCAUUAAUUUAGUGUCUGUUUUUAAAGAAGGUUGUUGUUGAUUCAUCAGUUUUAAAACGAUGAUGCAGAAGAAAUGACCAGUAAUGAAAUAAUAGGCUGAUCAGAGCAUGGGUAACUCUUGUGCCACUUAGUCAAAAGAGACAGUCAUGCUAAAAGGUAUCUGAUGUAAUAAUGUUUCUUCUCUCUCCUAAGGCCCCCCCUUCUCUCAAAAUUUUUUUUGUUUCCCUGGUGUAUACCUCAGUCCCACAGAAUAAAAAUGCAAGGAAUGGAGAAAGUGUCAUAUUAAAACAACUUUUUGGUCAAUAA